GUCAGGUCGGGGGCUUGGCCCAUAGCGGCUGCUCUCUGAGAGGAGAAGCCGGACAGCUCAUCACGCCAGGAGGGUUGGGAGGGCUUUGGAAUCUUGGACCCUCUCUGACUCGUCCAAAUCCCUUGAGGGGCGUGGGGAAACUGAGGCCCAGAGAUGGGGAGCGACUCGCCCGGGUUGUGGAGACCUGGGUCGCCAUCCCAGGCGUCCUCAUUCCCUGGCCAAGGCUCUUUCUGGUGACCCUGGCAUGUGUCUCCCUGUAACUGAGCUUCAGACUUCCCCAAGUCCCUCAUUAAAAAAAUCAUGAUUACCCUGCCAGUUCGAGUGGAGAAACCCAGGUCAUCCCCCUCCGUCCGUCUCCAUUUCCAGCUCUUGUUGCAUUUGGGGACGCUUGGCGAGCUAUCCCAGCGUGCUGAGCAGGACUUAGAUCGCGUGUGGCCAGUUGUGAUUCCCUUGGAAUUGUACUUUGGGCCAGUUUGAUCCUGGUGUUUCCAUCUCUCGCCCAUGCUCAGUGAGUGGAAGGAAAGUGUAGGAGAACCUAAUUGUAUAAAGGGUUGAAUACAUUGUGUUGGGUAAAGCUCGAGCUGAGAUGUCCCAGUGGUUCUGAAGCCACUUUUGCGGUUGAGUGACAGGUCUCUAAACCCUGGUUUUCUUGAUCUAUGACGUGAGAAAACAUUACCUCAGGGUUGGUUUGGAGAUUAAGGAAAACGUAAGUAAAGCAUUUAACAUUGUUCUAGCUCUUAGUAAGUGAUUGCUCAGUUGUUGCCUUAGAGUUUAGGAGGAGUUUAAACUGGUAAAAAUUACACUGCCUUGGCAGUAGGGGCCCCUCUCAGAAAACCACUUCAGUGUCUACUAGACCACCUUCCCCCACCGAUUGCUCAUCGCAAAUAAAUCCAGUUAGCACCUCAUCUGUGGGUACUUUCCCAAAGCAAGUGAAAAUUGUGGAAGUUGGUCCCAGAGACGGACUACAAAAUGAAAAGAAUAUUAUACCUACUCCAAUGAAAAUCAAACUGAUAGACAUGCUUUCCGAAGCAGGACUUCCUGUUAUAGAAGCCACCAGCUUUGUGUCUCCCAAAUGGGUUCCCCAGAUGGCUGACCACGCUGAAGUCAUGAAGGGCAUCCAGAAAUUUCCCGGCAUCAGCUACCCAGUGCUGACCCCAAAUUUCAAAGGCUUCCAGGCAGCGGUUGCUGCCGGAGCCAAGGAAGUGGCUGUCUUUGGAGCUGCCUCCGAGCUCUUCAGCAAGAAGAACAUCAACUGCUCCAUAGAUGAGAGUGUGCAGCGGUUUGACGAAAUCUUGAAGGCAGCUCGGGCAGCCAGUAUCCCUGUGCGGGGGUACGUCUCCUGUGUGCUCGGAUGCCCCUACGAAGGGAAGAUCUCCCCGGCUAAAGUAGCUGAGGUUGCCAAGAAGAUGUACUCAGUGGGCUGCUAUGAGAUCUCUCUGGGAGACACCAUUGGCGUGGGCACCCCUGGGACCAUGAAGGAUAUGCUGUCCGCUGUCAUGCAUGAGGUGCCAGUGGCUGCCCUGGCUGUCCACUGCCAUGACACCUAUGGCCAGGCCCUGGCCAACACCUUGAUGGCCCUGCAGAUGGGAGUGAGCGUCGUGGACUCUUCCGUGGCGGGACUUGGAGGCUGUCCCUAUGCACACGGAGCAUCGGGAAACUUGGCCACCGAGGACCUGGUCUACAUGCUGGCCGGCUUGGGCGUUCACACGGGUGUGAACCUCCAGAAGCUCCUGGAAGCUGGGGCCUUUAUCUGUCAAGCCCUGAACAGAAGAACCAGCUCCAAAGUGGCUCAGGCUACCUGUAAACUGUGAGCCCCUUGCCCCCCAAAGCCCUGGGGACUGUGUGGGAAUAAGGACAUGUGGAUGACUCACAGAUGGGCAUGUGGAAAUGGGAAUGAAAUCAACAGGAGUAGGCACCUCACUGCCAGCUCUGCACCUAGAUCUCUCCUGGCGGAAAGGAGGUGGACUGGAGUUGCCUGGCCUCAGGCCCUCCCUGCCUGACCUGAGUAUGAGUAAGAGGCUUGGGCAGCUGGAGGUCUCCCUUCACCAUGGACCCAAAGGCCCAGGAGUUGGAUGCCUAAAGGCACUUGGGAACCCAAUUCUCUGACUUGGGUUGAUCCUCAAGUCUCAUCUCUGGGUGAAUCCUGCCAGUUGGCCACUCUCCACAGCUUGAUGCUGCCAUAUCCUUGGGGCCAUCGCUCGCUGACUUUGUAGGGCAAAGGGGCAGGGAGGAAUUUUUCCCUCAGCUGGCAGAGGGCAUUUGGUGAAGGGGUGAGGGCUGAGCUGUGGUGGCCACCUGCCAACUCCAGCACCUCUGGAAAAUCUCCACUUUGUACAUGAUUGUUGAAAGCAGCUUAUGUAAUUAAAGGUUUAAUGACAUAACCAUUCCAGUGUUCUGUGGCACAGAUGUGUGUACAUAGGGGAGAGAGAAUAAAGCAUCUUUUCAACAUUUCCUCUAA